AUUCAGUCCAGUGGACGCAAACAACAAUUGAAUACCGGGAAUCAUUUCAUGUCUGAAGUCAAGAUGGCGGCUAAUCUAACCAACAAAAGUACUGAAGUCAUGAACAAUUCGGCUUGGCAAGCGGUGGAAAGUGUUACAUUCGACAUCCAAACGUAUUAUCUCUGGGUUAUUCUCGCCUUGGGAUUCCCCGGUAACUGUGCAACCAUCGUUACAGUCAUUAAGAUGUCCCCUGCCAGAUCGCUAACCGUAUACAUAGCACUUCUAGCUGUUGUGGAUAAUCUCGCAAUCGUCAAUAAGCUUCUGUUGUUUGUAAUGCUCGACAAUGGACUGCAUAUCCAGAACGUUGGCUGCAAGAUUCUUGGAUACCUUGGAAAUUUUCUUAUCACCUUUGCCAACUGGCUGCUUGUCGCAAUGUCCGUGGAAAGAUUCGCAGCCGUGUGGUUCCCGUUCAAAGUUGGUCAAAGCUGGACGUUUAAGAAGUCUCUCACAGCAGUGUUUCUUGUAGCGCUACCCUUGAGCUUGAUGUUCCUCCACCUCUUCUGGACAAUACAGUUUGUAGAUGAAGGACCAGGGAUGGUGUUCUGUGAUGUAGAAGAAAAGUAUCAAUAUUUCAUGAUGCACGUUUGGUACUGGAUUAACGUAACUGUGUAUGCCAUCAUUCCGUGUGCGCUCCUUCUUGUGUUCAACUGUUUAAUCGUUGGAGGGAUAAUCAAAUCGGGAAAAGCGCAGAAAUACCUAAACAGUAACCAUGGCAACCAGAAGAGUAAAAGCUGUGCUGAUCGCCAUCGUCAAGUAACGAUAAUGUUAGUAACAGCAGCUAUCACUUUGGUGAUUUUGACAACACCGAGAUGUGUGAUGCUUAUAUUGACUCCGUAUUGGACACCAGAGCAAAAUAGUAUGGAAGGGGCUGUCAAAUACCUAAUAGACACACUUGCAUUUGUUCUGUGUGAUGUGACACAUGCUAUUAAUUUUUAUGUCUAUUCACUCAGCGCCAAAAGGUUUAGAUUUCAAUUUGUCCAACUAUUUAUGUGCCGAAGACGAAAGAUGGCGCCAGUGAACACUCAGUAUUUCUCCCUUUCAUCCAGGGCAUCUCUCAGAUUUCAAAUGUCCGCCGUUGGCGAAGAGCAUAACGAAAAGAACAUUCUGAAGUGCUCAAAAAGCUUGAACGACUAGGUGGAUGAUCUUUUAAUGUGGCAAUAUAUAAACUCUUUGCCUCUUCGCUCUAUGGCUGAAAAAAUGCCGAUGUGGCGUAAAAUUUAAAAUAUAAAUGUAAAUUUUAA